AUGAGAUUCGAUCAAAUUGCCCUCCUCGUCGCUGUGGCCGGAUCCGCAGCAGCAGCUCCCCAUGCAAAGAGAGCUUCGCCUUUUAAAUGGUUCGGAACAAGCGAAUCCGGAGCUGAGUUCGGCGAGAAUAACCUUCCUGGUGUCUGGGGAACCGAUUAUAUCUUCCCCGAUGCUAGCACCAUCCAAACAUUGAUUGGAAAAGGAAUGAACAUCUUCCGGGUGGACUUCAGGAUGGAACGGCUGGUACCGAACUCCAUGACAGGCGGGUUUGACGAUGCCUAUCUAAAAAAUCUGACCGCGACGGUCAAAGCCAUCACUGAUGCAGGAUCCCACGCCGUGCUUGAUCCGCAUAACUAUGGAAGAUACAACGGCGAGAUCAUGUCGAGCGCCUCCGACUUCCAGACAUUCUGGAAGAACGUCGCAGGCGAAUUUGCUUCGAAUGAGCUAGUCAUUUUCGAUACAAACAACGAGUACCACGACAUGGACCAAGACCUCGUCCUGAAGCUCAACCAGGCAGCCAUUGACGGCAUCCGCGCAGCGGGGGCAACAAGCCAAUACAUCUUCGUCGAGGGCAACUCUUGGACCGGCGCGUGGACCUGGGUCAACGUGAACGACAAUCUGAAGGACCUGACCGAUCCCCAAAACAAGAUCGUCUACGAGAUGCACCAGUACCUCGACUCGGACGGAUCAGGCACAAGCGGGACAUGUGUGUCGACGACGAUUGGAAAAGAGCGCGUGACGGCCGCGACACAGUGGCUGAAGGAUAACAACAAGGUUGGGGUUAUCGGCGAAUUUGCCGGUGGUGUGAAUGACGAUUGCAAGACGGCGAUUACAGGCAUGCUUGAUUAUCUGGGUGACAACUCAGACGUCUGGCUCGGAGCAUUGUGGUGGGCUGCCGGACCUUGGUGGGGUGAUUAUAUCUUUAGCAUGGAGCCUACCACUGGGCUGGCGUACACGGGUAUGUUGUCGACGCUUGAGCCAUAUUUGGUGUAA